AUGUCGUCUCACCCCUCGCCACGGGUAGGCUUCACCUCCGCCUCCACCUUUCGGGAGGAGACGACCAUCACCGAGUCAUUCCCUGCUGCUUCCCAUCGCAGCCGGCAGUCUCCGCCUUCCCCUGCCACCGACGGCCUGCUAGUUAGUAUUCAUGUCAGCCGAAUACACCCAAUUGGUCAUAUAUAUAUUGAACAUUUACUAAAAAACUAG